CUGUCAAGUUAUCGCUUACAAGAAAUUAGGCGUCUUUAGCUCGUAAAUAAAUGUAAUUUCUUCUUAAUUCAUCAAGUUUCUCGAGUUUCUCGCAAACAUCGUGCAGUGUAGAAGCAGCCCAGAAAGAUUUUCCAGGUGAAAAGUGUAAAAACCGAGGUCAUUACCAUGAAGAGAUCUAUUGCGAGCACUUCCCGCUCUUCGCGUGAAUUCAGGGGCACAUCCGAAAGUUCGCGGAAGAAGCUAAAGGAAGAACAGCAGGACAAAAAUAUGGUUUGGUUGGGAGACGCCUUGGCAGAUGACGAUGAAGAAGUUGAGCAGGAGCUGGAGCUAGAAAAAAGGGAGUGCGUUCCGGGGGAGAACUUCACGUCGCAGCUGGCGCGUUUGGUGAAGACGAACGACUGCCCGAACGACUUCACGGACAACUUGUUAAACUUGCUGCGGAAGAAUGGACACGCGGAUCUGCCCAGCGACAAGAAGAGCCUCGUGACGGAGCCGCCACCGCCGAGUGACGACCCGACGUUGACCAAAAUCCUGGAUAAUCAGCGUCUUAUACUGCGUAACCAGACGCUCAUCAUGGAGCAGAUGAAGGCGCUGGCCAGAUCGCACGCCACGCAGCGCAUCCGACUCUCUGGGAUGUCCGAGCGCCUGGACAAGAUGGUUCCAAUGGAUCUCUGCAAGUCUUCCACGCAUUAUUUUCCUUUCAAAGUUCUCGACGAUUUCGAGGACUUCGAUAAGAAACUUGCGGACGAAUCCUUUAGGACAAAAGUGUUUUCAGAAAUUUCGCGAGCAAUGCAGACCGGAACCUGGCUCUUCACGAUGGCCAGCGAUGAUGUUCUGCAUCACUACAACCUCAACGGGAACUUCAAUAAGAAAAGUCUUCGCGAGACCAAUCUUUUGAAGGUUCUUGAGGAAUUGUUCCCAGAAAAUGAAUUCCUUCGGGAUCGUCACAUUCAGGCGCUCAUCAAGACAUGCCACGCCAGGCAAAACACCAAGAAUUCGCGAUCGAGAGCGAGUUUGCGAAAGACCAGAGUUAAGGAAGAAGUCAUUGAUGAUUCCUAUUGAAGGAUCAUAGUCAACAUUCCACCAUUUACAACACUAAAAUCAUUGAUUUUCCACGCCUUUUAUGAAUAUGAUUUUGUAAGAUUAUUUUAUUGAAUGAACUCUCAAUUUAAGAGACAUGAAAUUAUGAAAAUAAAAGAUGUGAGUACAAUUUUCAAUUGCAUAUGAUUUUCAGUGAAAUUGUGGUUUUUUGUGUGGUUCAGGGUCGAUUCCUUGCAUGGCGGAAAACAUAAAGAUUAUGGGGGUUAUGAAUUCCCCCCAAAAAACACGCAUUCAUACGCUUGGUUUCCUCUUUAUUGCUAUCUGAAUUCACAUGGAUUGUCAAGUGUUUGAUAUGCAUAUUUUAUGUGUUUUAUGAAUGAGAGAAAGGCAGAAUGAUAAAUGAAUAAAUUUGAAAGAUAAGAACUGCACGGAAACGUAAGAAUGACAGUGUGAUUUAGAGUGAAUUUCAUCCGAAUCCAAGAACGCCUUUUCAGGUUCUUUACAACAUCAGCGAAUUGAGGAAAAACAUAAGAAAUAUGCAACAG